UCUGUCUGCAACUACUUGAUCACCACAAGCUUCCAAAGAAGAGGAAUUAAUAGAAAGACAGAUCCAAAAGCUCUUCUUUUCUCUCCUGGUUCCUCCCUCCAUGGCACCCAACACCUUCUCCUCUCCAUCCACUUCUUCUUCCAGCAAAAAGAGGAGCGGAUCAGCCGAGCAAAGGAGCUCAUGAAACCAUGGUGCCGGCCAGAAACCUCCUCCGGCGACACUACGACUGCUAUGGAGGAUACUUCACGGAUCCCUAUUUCGAGAAGCGGACCAAGGCUUUGAAAUCGCCGGAAUUCAUGGCUGGUUUGAGUAACGGCGAGGAGGAGGAGGAGGAGGAGGUCGGAACCAGCUCUAGAGACGCCGGAGGAGAUCAAUGCCGUGACAGCUGGCUGCAGCUCGGCGUCGGACUUAGACCGCAGUUAAGUCGCGGUUCUCAGACGGGCGGCCGUUCGGUUCAGCCGCUUUCGACGGAACUUGAGCUUUUUGGUCCGCGGCAGGAAAACAUGAAUCUUUCGAUGUUUCCGCCGCCGCCGCAGCCCCCGCAGCAUCUCGGAGUAUUUUAUCCGCCGUGGUUUGCAAUGGGAGUCGGACAGCCGGCGUCUGGAGAGGUGAGGUUGAUGAACAUGCCGGCGAGAGCUCCGGUUGGGGUCUGGUUCAUGCUUAAAGCAGCACAGAACCAAGUGAGGGAGCCGUUUUUGCCUCAGAUUCCCAAGAGCUACUUGAGGAUCAAGGAUGGGAGGAUGACAGUUAGGUUGCUGAAGAAGUACUUGGUGAAUAAACUUGGACUUGAGGAUGAAUCAGAGGUGGAGAUUUCAUGCCGGGGUCAACCUCUACACCCCUUCCUAACGCUGCAGCAUAUCCGCGAUAGCAUAUGGCGGCUCCGAGAAACUUCGACGUCGUUGACACUGCUGCCGGCAUCCCCUUGCGAUGACCAUUUAAUGACUCUUCAGUAUUGUAGAAGCUCAUAGGAUUUCAUUCCUCGAUCUGA